AUGAAUUUGACCCCUAUCUCAGACUAUCGUAAACAAGUAAUACGAACAAUACAGAACAACUUGCAUCUAAAACAUGAUAUCUCUAGUGGAAAUGUUGAGCAAUAUAUUCAUGAUCUUCAACAAGAAGGUACGUAUGGAAGUGAAACUGAAUUGAAUAUAUGUGCUUACCUUAACCAAAUCGAAUAUCAUGUGCUACAUUUAAAUGACAACAAUGAAAUAGGGGGUACAAGUGUACAUGGAAAUAAUGUUCGAUGUGCCUAUCUAUUAUUUGACAAGAAGAGAAACCACUAUGAUCCGUUAUACUUUGCUAAAACAGAUAAUACUAUUGAGACAAUCGUACAACGGAAUGAUGAACAUAUAUAUAAUAUAAUCAAAGUAUACAUUCAAGAAACAAAUUUAAAUGCUUACAAUGAAGCAAUACAAACAUCAGAACCUCUUCGUAGAUGGGAAAAACAAAAUAGUUGUACACUCGAUUAUGGAUCAAAUAAUAUUACCAAUAUGAAUGAAACAUUAAGUGGUUAUUGUACAUCUGAUUAUAAUGAUGGAAAUCGUGAAGCAGUUGAUAAUGAUACAACUGUCGGAAUUCCAACGGAUCAAGAACCUCAUUUACAUGAAGUCAUAGGACAUAAAGCGAUAAUGUUGAAUGUACAAGAAGAAGUUCAAAAUCAAAUUAAAUUAUCAAUGCACGCUAAUCCAGUGAACGAUACAUCGAUGUUCAAUAGAACCGAAGAAGAAAAUGGACAAUAUUUGAUAACUAAGCCUGAGAUAAUCGCCCAACCGGCACCUUUUUACCAUAAACGUUAUCCAAUUGAACUAUCAAAAUGUCCUUGUAUACAAUCUGGCUCAAAACAACGUAGCCAUCCACAAACAACAAUUGAUCGUAGAUGGCGAGACGAUUAUGGAGAAGAAUUAUACAUGUGUGUACAAUUGUGUAAACAUAACGGUGAUCCACAUCCUUAUAAAUUAAUUCCCGAUGGUGCGAGAAUAGAUAAUAAUUUAAAUUUAAUAAUCGAAUGUUGUAAUGUGUAUUACCAUAAAGAAUCAAAUUUAUUAUAUUUUAAAAUAGUAGAAUCAGAUUUUGAAAAUCAAGUUAAAAGUUAUCUGAUGAAAUUUGUUGCGUUAAAACAAAAUACAUAUGAAAUAACAAAACAACGAAUAAAAAGAGAAAAACUGAAAUUAUCUAAAAUAGGAUUUACUUUAUGUCAAAAACAAUCAGACAAUACAUAUCGACAACUGUCCGAAACAUCGUAUUCAACUUUAAUUGAAGAAGGUAGAAAAUUAAAACUGAAUAAUAUACCGAGUAAAAUUUGUGCGCGUGGUGGAGAGAAAAUUGUCAUUUCAUUUGUUGGUGGUCCGUUAGAUAAAGACGUUAAAUUGUUACUAAAUCACAAAUUGGCCAGGUUUGAAAGAAAACAUAAUACAAUUGAGUUCAUAUCUAUUUCAAAAUCAACAAAUAUGAAUUCUUUAAAUAUAAUGAUUACGCAAGAAAAUCUUUAUUUUGAAGUUAUUCCUGGCGAAACAGAACGCAAAAUAAUUGUGAAUACAAGUAUUACGUAUAUACCACAUGAAAAACAUCCGGAUCACUUACAUCAAUGUAAUCGUCAACAAAAUGAUAUUCAUUGA